CCUUAAAAUAUUAGACACUUUUUAUCACAGAUGUAUUUCAAGAAGCAGGAGCAAAAUCGAAUCCAUAUAUCAACGUGUUUACGCCAGUAGAACAAACUGAAUUUGAAAAAUUAAAUAAUUCAAAUUGUUUAAAUUUUAUCAGCCACUCUUUCCACACAUAUUAUAAACAUACCAUGUCUGCCAUCGAUCAUUCGGAAAUCCUUGAGAGGUCUAGUGAGCUAAGGGAAGAAUUUGAUAAGUAAAAAAAUACAUGGUCCCUGAUGCAAGUAUGGUGGAUAUGCUUGGUGAUGAGAAAAUGCUCGGUGGUGCUGGUGCUGGUGCUGGUGCUUGAGGGCGGCGAGGUAAGAGUGUGGGGUGCUGCAAGUUUUGUUCUUUUUACCGAGUUUGAUAUACCUGUUUGGGCGAGAGAGCGCAAGUUCUGUGAAGCCACCUUCGUCCGCAAAUUCCAAGAAAUAUUGGAUAUUUUGUUCAAAAACACAAAGAUCUUUGCCAAAGAUGGUGAAUCAUCUAGUGAAGCUGCAAAGUCCAAUCAAAUCACAAGUGAAGAUGCCACUCAAUAUGGGAGAAAGUUGGAUGUGUUAGUUUCAAGUGAACAAAAUGCUCAUGAUGAUAUAAAAGUCUGCUCAAAUGAAUUUAAAAAACCGGAUGCUACAUUGACCAUGAAAUGCUACCAACAAAGUAAAAACCUCCGAUUGAAUGCUUGUAUCUGGAAAAAAUUGUUUGAUAUUUCUGAGAAAAAAAACCUCACCGUGGACUACUUUGAUUUUAUUGGCAGACGAGGGGUCUUAUCACAACUGUUUUUUUAUAAAAACAAUUUCGUUGGUCAUGCAUUGUGUCAGGUUGUGAUUGUGAACAGUUUGGUGGAGUUAGAGAUUCUGCACGAAUCAAUACUCAAUUUGUACAAAUGGAGAAGAACUGUAAAAAAAAACCAGUCAUUUUAUUUCAAUCGCCAUUGCACAAGUCAAAAAAUACACGCUUGCGGACAUAUAUGAUGUUACCGAAUCAAAUUCGGCAGCUUCCAGACCAACAACCUUGCCAAAUAUAUGUUCAACUCCCCCUAGGCCAACAACACCAGCGAAGAGAAAAUUUAAGUAAACUAUACUUUUUGACGUGAUCGAGGCUAUAUACUUAAUAUAUGACUCUAUCUACACCUC